AAAGACGAAAAAUUGAAGGGUGGGAAGCUGGUGUGGUAGACCAGCUGUGACUGUCGGCGUAUGCUCCACAUGCGUUUCUCUCCUUCUUCCUCUUUCUCUCUCUAGACUUAGAAAGAGAAAGAGUGAUUCAUUGGUUCUUCUUCUUCUUCUUCUUCUUCAGUUUCGCCGUAACAAAAAGGAACCUCAUCAUUGCAAUUUCUGAGCAAGAUAAUUACGCUGCGUAAUUCACAUUAUUGCAAUCAUUACGGCAUUGCCAGAGUGUGUGAGAGAGAGAAUUGACCAUUGAGUGUGGCCGAAGCACUGCAUUGAUUGCGGAGACAAGUUAGGGAUGAGAAAAACCGGGGAACGUUAACCUUCCACUGCGGAAGCAAUGUAGAAUUUCGUUCGGAGCAAAAACCGCGGCUAGGAAUGCUUUCGGCGUCGUCGCCGGAGGUCGGAGAGUGAAUUUCGUUCGGAGCGGAACCGGUUUACUGUAAUUGGAUCGAGAGAGCGAUGGAGUCUCGGAUGGAUCAGUACGAGAUCAUGGAGCAGAUCGGUCGCGGAGCGUUUGGCGCUGCGAUUCUCGUGAACCACAAAGCGGAGAAGAUGAAAUACGUGUUGAAGAAAAUCAGGCUCGCGCGGCAGACUGAACGAUGCAGAAGAUCUGCUCAUCAAGAGAUGGCUCUUAUUGCUCGAAUCCAGCAUCCUUACAUUGUGGAAUUCAAGGAGGCUUGGGUUGAGAAGGGUUGCUAUGUUUGCAUUGUUACUGGAUACUGUGAAGGUGGAGACAUGGCUGCAUUGAUGAAAAAAUCAAAUGGGGUUUACUUUCCUGAGGAGAAACUCUGCAAGUGGUUUACUCAACUACUCUUGGCAGUGGAAUACCUGCAUUCAAAUUAUGUUUUACAUCGUGACCUAAAGUGUUCCAACAUCUUUCUUACCAAGGAUCAGGAUGUUCGCCUAGGGGAUUUUGGGCUUGCUAAGACACUAAAAGCGGAUGAUUUGGCUUCUUCGGUGGUAGGAACUCCUAACUAUAUGUGUCCUGAACUGCUUGCAGAUAUUCCUUAUGGAUUCAAAUCUGAUAUUUGGUCACUAGGGUGUUGUAUAUACGAGAUGGCUGCUCAUCGCCCAGCUUUUAAAGCCUUUGAUAUGGCAGGCUUGAUAAGCAAGAUAAACCGUUCCUCAAUUGGCCCUUUGCCUCCCUGUUAUUCCCCAUCUUUGAAAACACUGAUAAAGGGCAUGCUGAGAAAAAAUCCUGAGCAUCGUCCAGCAGCAUCUGAAAUCUUAAAGCACCCUUAUUUGCAGCCUUAUGUUGAUCAAUAUCGUUCAUCUUUCUGUACUCCAUCAGCCACUUCUCCUGAAAAGCCGAUUUCUGCUGUCCAUGAUCCUCGAAAAAAUAUGCCAGAAAGUCAAAACAGUAGUAGUUUGAGUACUGACAAAGAUAGUUUGGUGUCAAAUGAGAAAAACACUGCAAAAACAGUGCAAAAGUGUGAUAACAAAAUCACUGAAAUAGACUUGACAUCAGUUGAGGAUGAUGGCUCCGAGCAUCUCCUGCCUGGUGAAGAGGGAAAUGGAUCCAGAAAAGUCAAUGGGAAAUCAGAUGAGCAAGAGGUGAUGAAGCAACUUAAUAACGAACACCAUUCUAAUGUUGUUUCUAAGCAACCAAAAACAACUAAGAAUCAAGUGACAACAUUAAAAAAUGGAAAACUUAGAGAGACAAGUUCUCCAAUUAGAGGCAAUCGCAUAAAGGGUGGUGGUGUAUCGAUCCAUAAAAUAAAUACAGAGACAGUGUCCAAAUUGCCCAAACCUAAUUUCGGUGCUUAUGAUUUGAAGCCUAAUUUGGAGGUGCCAACUAUUGCACCUUCAAAAGCAACACCUGAUUCUGCAAAAAGAAUGCAAGGAGCACAUACUUCAAAGCAUCAGUUACCAAUGAUAGAAUCCAUACCAAAAGCUAAACCUCGACAUAAUGUGAUUCCAUCAUCUGGUCCUAUCAAACAAGUAGAAGUACGAGAAGUUCCUGCCAAGCCAAGGCAAAAGACUCCACCGAGUUUACUUAAACCACCUUCUUUUCCAGGACAUGUGAAGCAGGCUGGGUUUGAUGUUCCAAAUAUUACUGGAAAGUCAAUUCUAAAUAAAAUGGUUAGAGAGCCUGAGACGAGCCAUCAUCAGUUGACCAACAGUAAUCUACCACAUGUUUCUAGAGAGCCUUUGACCACUUUUGAAAGCAGUUCCAAAGGAUUGCAGACAGACAGCAGCAAUUCUGUCUCGUCCUCGGUCUCUAUUCAAGGAUUUGAACUUUCUGAUUUUGCAACAACUUUUAUUGAUUUGAGUGAACCAACACAUCCUGAUCAUGAGAGUUUAAACCACACUGAAAAUGUGGAAUCACAUGCAGAUAGCAGUUCACCUGCGGCCUCUUUGCAUUUUGAGAUGUCUGAACAAUUGUCUAGGGAAACCUCUAUGGUUACACCCCAAUUUCAGAAUAUAGUGAAUAGUAAUGAGAAAGUAAGUCCCAGUUUUCACUCAGUUCAAGAUGCUAAGGUAAUAUUUGUUUCUGAUGAUAGUUUUCCCAUAAAUCAGACAACUACAUCUGCUGCCUCCAAGUGUGAUAAUAUAUCCGUAGAUCCCUCUGCUGAAUCCACACAAGAAAUUGAAGACCCGCAAGAUAUUUCUAAGGAAGUGGCUUCAACCAAGUCUCUCCAACAUUCAGUCUCCAUUUCUGGAGAAAAGUGUGUUUGUGAAGAAUUCAGUCCAGCAAGCAAGCCAAAUAAUAGGGUUGAUAAAGUUAGCCAGCCAAAACUUACGUGCAUUUCCACUGGUGAUGACAAAUUCAUGAUGAGGGAAAGACUUUCAUCAGUGGAUGAAACUGCUCCUUUGGUUAUCUCUACUAAAUUUUCAAGCCAGAAAGUUUUGCAAGAAGAGAAAGGAACAGUUUUACAGAAUCCAGCACCAGAAAGGCCAGCUGUUGGCCAUCUUCCUCCAGCUUUUGAUGAUGUCAUUCAUGUCAUACGCCAUAGCAGUUACCGUGUGGGGAGUGAGCAGCCAGUGAAGGAAUCUGUGGAGAUGGGAGUUCAAAAUGUAGAUGUUGGUAAGUUUAUAAACAUUGCAAGGGAUGAUUUAGAAAUGAGAAACAUGAGCACUCCUUUGACCCUAAAAUCCUCAAAUUGCUCUGAAGCUAUUGGCUUGAAGUCAAAUAUUUCUGAUAAUGUGGAAAUCAGAAACUUGACUAAUCCUCCUAACUUAAAAUCUUCGAGUUGCACUGACUCUUUGAGCAUGAAAUCAAGUUUUUCUGAUCAUUCUGGUGUUACGGAACAAGAUGUGAAAAUCCCGGAUUCAAUUAUUUCAAAAUCUGAUUCUUCCGAGUAUACCAAAUAUAACACUCCAAAAGCUGAAGAGGAAACACCAGCAAAGGAAAUUUUGGAUGUUAAAUCUUCCAGGCAGAGAGCAGAGGCACUUGAAGGGCUGUUAGAACUGUCUGCAGAUUUGCUGCAGCAAAAUAGAUUGGAAGAACUUGCAGUUGUUCUGAAGCCCUUUGGAAAAGAUAAAGUCUCCCCGAGGGAGACAGCCAUUUGGUUAGCCAAGAGUCUAAAAGGAUUGAUGGUUGAGGAAAGUGGGGGACGCUGUUAAUGGGUUUUUUUACUCCUUGGUAAGUUUGCUUGUGUUUUAUAUCUUCAAUCACUUUUCUACUUCAUAUAGCUUUUCAAAUGCCACUUGAAUUGAGCGAACAAACAGGCUUUAUCGUUUCUUCUUUCAUUUUUUUUGUUGUAAUUCUUUUAGUUCUUUUUAUGCUGUUGUAAAUAAUAGUGUAACCAUACGAAUGAAUAACAUCAACUUACGGUCAAUUGUGUGGACA